GCCUCCCGCAGCGGCGGCGGCGGCGGCGGAGCGGGCCAUGGCCGCGGCGGGCAGCGGCGUGGCGGCGGCGGCGGCGGAGGCGGGGGCGGCGUUCAGCACCGCGAACAGCGGCCGGGUGAACGGGCUGAGCCGCCCGCCCGGCGCCAUCGCCAUGAAGGAUCACGACGCCAUCAAGCUCUUCGUGGGGCAGAUCCCGCGUAACCUGGAGGAGAGCGACCUCAAGCCGCUCUUCGAGGAGUUCGGCCGCAUCUACGAGCUCACCGUCCUCAAGGAUCGCUUCACCGGCAUGCACAAAGGCUGUGCCUUCCUCACCUACUGCGCCCGUGACUCAGCCCUGAAGGCACAGAGCGCCCUGCAUGAGCAGAAGACGCUGCCUGGGAUGAACCGCCCCAUCCAGGUGAAGCCGGCCGACAGCGAGGGCCGAGGAGAAGACAGGAAGCUCUUUGUGGGCAUGCUGGGGAAGCAGCAGAGUGAGGAUGAUGUCCGGCGCCUCUUUGAGCCCUUUGGCCAGAUUGAGGAAUGCACCAUCCUCCGAGGGCCUGACGGAGCCAGCAAAGGUUGUGCCUUUGUGAAAUACGGCAGCCACGCUGAGGCACAGGCUGCCAUCAACAGCCUGCACGGCAGCCAAACCAUGCCGGGUGCCUCGUCCAGCCUGGUGGUGAAGUUUGCGGACACAGAUAAGGAGAGGACCCUGCGGCGGAUGCAUCAGAUGGCAGGACAGCUGGGCAUCUUCAACCCCAUGACCAUUCAGUUUGGCGCCUACGGGGCCUAUACGCAAGCGAUCAUGCAGCAGCAGGCGGCCCUGAUGGCAGCUGCGCAGGGGACCUGCCUGAACCCCAUGGCUGCCAUUGCCGCUGCCCAGAUGCAGCAGAUGGCUGCCUUCAAUGUCAGUGGGCUGGUGGCUGCCCCCCUCACCCCCUCUUCAGGUACAAGCACGCCCCCCGGCAUCAGCACGGCACCCGUGCCCAGCAUCGCCACGCCGAUCGGGGUGAACGGCUUCAGCCCACUGCCACCGCAGACCAACGGGCAGCCCACCUCGGAGACCAUCUACACCAAUGGCAUCCACCCCUACCCAGCUCAAAGCCCCACCGUGGCAGAUCCCCUCCAGCAAGCCUACGCAGGCAUGCAGCACUAUGCAGCAGCGUAUCCCACUGCCUACGCACCCAUCAGCCAAGCCUUUCCCCAGCAAGCGCCCAUCAUCCCGCAGCAGCAGCGAGAAGGUCCUGAAGGCUGUAACCUGUUUAUUUAUCACCUGCCCCAGGAGUUCGGGGAUGCGGAGCUCACGCAGAUGUUCUUGCCUUUCGGCAAUGUCAUCUCUGCCAAAGUCUUUGUGGACCGUGCCACCAACCAGAGUAAAUGCUUUGGUUUUGUCAGUUUUGACAAUCCGACAAGCGCUCAGGCGGCCAUUCAGGCCAUGAAUGGCUUCCAGAUCGGCAUGAAGAGGCUAAAAGUCCAGCUAAAGCGGCCAAAAGAUGCCAACAGACCCUACUGACCCCUGCUCACCCUGCCCCUACGGAGAGGUCGGGCGUCCCGCGGUGUCUGACGACUUUCCCCUUCCCCAAGUGCAGUAUCCAAACCUGUAACUCUCUUUCUUUGCAACACAUCCCGGAGGAGGAGGAAGAGGAGGAAGUAGAGGAGGAGGUGAUGGAGA